AUGUCAUUGGGUAAAAAUAAAUUAAUUAAUAAUGCAAUUAAUAGAGCAUAUGCAUUAGUAGAUUACAAUGUUCAUAAUGAUAUACACAAACAACAUGAAUUUCAAAAACAAAAACUUCUUGCUGAUGAAUCACUUACAGAAAAUGAAAAAUCUGAAGCAAUAAUAAUAAUAACUAAAACUUAUGAUAAAGACAAACUUACUUUUAAUGAAGGAACGAAAAGAAUUUGUGAAAAUUGUAAACAAGAUUGUUUAGCUACAACAUACUGCGAACUUUGUGUUCGAAAUUAUUUAAAAGCUAAUUUUUUAAAUUGGACAUCUGGAAAUGAUAUGAUCGAUAAUUUAAUACAAGAAUGUCAAAUGAAAAUAUUUGCACCACGUCUAAUACCAGAAUGGAUUCCAUAUAAUAAUUUUAAAAAUAUUAAAUACCUAGCAAAAGGAGGAUUUUCAGAAAUUUAUACAGCAAUAUGGAUUAACGGAAAUUUUAUUGAAUGGGAUUCUAAAGAACAACAAUUAAAAAGAUUUGGAGAACAAAUGAUAGUACUUAAAAGAUUAGAUAAUGUUGAAAAUGCAAGUCAAAGUUGGUUUGAAGAGGCAAGAUCACAUUUAAAUAUAAGCAAUAAAUGGAAUGUUAUUGUCCAAUGUUUUGGAUUAACACAAGAUCCAUCAAAUGGAAAUUAUAUGCUUGUAAUGAAUAGACUGGAUACAGAUUUAAGAAAAUAUUUACAACAUCAUAAUCAGCUUACAUGGAAAGAAAGAAUUCAAAUUAUUACUGAUAUAAUUAAUGCACUUGGAAGGAUUCAUGAAGAAAAUGCAAUUCAUAGGGAUUUGCAUUCUGGAAAUAUAUUAUUUGGAGAAUAUUUUUUUAUUAGUGAUCUUGGAUUUUGUGGGCCUGCAGAUAAACCAUUAAAAAGUAUAUAUGGAAAUCUUCCUUAUAUAGCACCUGAGGUUAUUAUUGGAAAAGAACAGACUUAUAAAUCUGAUAUUUAUAGUAUUGCAAUGCUUAUGUGGGAAAUAUCGUCUGGACAACUACCAUUUAAUAAUUAUGAACAUGAUUAUGAUCUUGCAAUGAAUAUUGUUAAUGGUAUAAGACCAAAAAUUGUACCAGGAACUCCUUUAGAAUAUAAAAAUUUAAUGAAACAAUGUUGGGAUGCUGAUCCAUCAAAAAGACCUGAUAUUAUUACACUUCGGAAUAAAAUGAGAGAAAUUAAUUUAUUUUAUCAAACUAAAUCAAGUGAAUUAUCUCAGAGUGAAGAAAAUAAUAAUUUUGAGAUAUUUAGAUAUGGAUGA